GUAGUCAGCAAAAACAGCGAGGAAGAGCCGAAAAUGGCGGAGCCUGAGGGAGAUGGAGACGCAGGCGGUAAUGAAAAGGGAGACGCUAAUUUCCCCCUUGUGAAUUACUGCGACAUGAACGAGGAGUUGAUGGCGGAAGCUAGUGAAAUAUGCGUUACGGCGUGCGAAAAGUAUCCAGAAGACAACGCAGCCGCAGCGAAGAUGGUGAAGAAGCAGUUCGAGCAGAAGGCUGGAAUGGGCUGGCAGGUUGUGAUUGGUCAAGGGUUCGGAUUUGAGAUCACCUAUGACCUCAAGUCAGUCAUGCUCCUCUACGUGGGCGGCAACACGGGGGUGCUGUUGUGGAAAUGCGGGUAG